AUGACUGUAUCAUCGAAAGAGAAACAUCCGUCGGAAGAGGCGAAUGACCCGAUAAUAACUUCACGGUCUAUUGAAUCGGGUCCCAAGAUGUCUAACACAAUAUCUUGGUCUAAAAAUGGAUUCAUUGCCUAUGCAGCUCCAGAACUUAAUCCAAAGCAUAACCUCAAUUUAACUUACUUAGAGAAUGUGGAUGGGAAAUCAUGGCAACUAGCGAAACAUCAGGGGAUUAAUGUUCGACCCCUGGCUGAGAGCAAUCAGACUCCAGAGUUAAGACUAGUAUCGUGGAGUAAUCUAAGUACUGAUUUGGCAGUGGCAGAUAUCCAUGGCAAUUUCUAUGUAUUGCUAGCAGGUGUUGGGCUAUUAGAGAACAAGGAUGCUAAUGGAUCGACCAGUAAGAAUAACGGUCUGUCUGUACCGAGUACAACAAGUUCGCCUAGUUAUGAAUUGACAUCCUAUAACCACAUGGAAAUGAUUUACCGAGACAUAAUUGACCCCCAGCCAACAGGACGAAUGAUUUCAAUGUCACAGAUAGUUUCGUUCAAAUGGCUCAAUAUAUUUAAGCCUCAGAUUAUAAACAAGCCUGCUGUAUUGACAAAAGUGGAUAAUAAUUCUCUGUCACUGCCACCCUUUGCAUACACGUACGGCGUAGGCCAGCAUCAUCCUCAUGGGACGUGUCAUCCAAUUUCUACAAAGCAAGCAUGUAUUGCAUUAAGGCAAAAUGGUGAAUGUAUAUUGUAUUUCCAGGGUGAACAUAAAGUGGAAUAUCAUAAAAUAUCAAUCAAAUUACAAUUUCUGUCAAAUGCAGUAAUUAUUACUAAAUCAUCCAUAGGAUUCAAAAAUGAUAAAGACGUCAUAAUCUCCGCUUUUGAUGCGGUUUCUAAUAGUAUAAAGACUUUCUUAAUUUCUAUUGAUUGGGGAUUCUUGGUCGAAUCAGCUCAGAAACAGAAAGUAGAUCCACAUUAUCAUACUCCCAAAGAAGCACAGAAGGUUCCGUCAUUGAUCUUGAAGACAUUGCAUGAGAUGAAGCCAAUCGCUGCGAAUAUAUGUGAACUGAAUAAGGAAAGUGAAAUCGGUGACGAUAUUAUGGAUAUCGAUAAUGAAGAUAAUCCUAAGCCAAAAGAUAUUAGACUUGGGGAUAUAUCUUCAAUAGAUAUUAUAUCGCCAAGCUUUGAUGCGGAUCUGAAAUUAGAUAUAUUGAUAAGCUAUGCGUACGAAAAUGAAGCCUCAGAAAUUACAACCACGAUUUACAGAUAUAUAUUGGCUGAUUCUCAGGAUUUAGUGUCAGAAACGUUCGCUGAUUUAGGCAUGAGAAAGAAUGUGUCAGCAUCUCUCUCAGACGAAAUUAAAGACUAUAGUUUGGUAUUGCAAGACAAGUUAACAAGACCUGGUCACAUACAGAGAAUUGAAACAGCUGUUGCCGAUUCUUUCAUUGUUCUAAUAUAUACUCGCGGAGAAAUUGAUGUCAUCGACAGACAUAACCUACAAAUAGUCAAUAAUCGCUCAGAGAUAGAACUAAAAAAUACCAAAGAUGGUGACACCCCUCUGACUGUGUCAACCAUGUUUGAUGUUGGCUUUAAUUUUCCGAUUAUACCAGUUACUGACAGAAGUCCUAUAGUAAUUGCAGUUUCACCUAAUCUAACAUCCAUUGCAUACACUAAAAUCAAUAAUAAAGACCAGCAAUUGAAUUUGCAAGUCCUUGAGAAGAAUACCAACCAUGGAAUAUCUCCAAAGGAAUUGUUUGUUACUUCUGUUGGAUUUGCAUUCCGCCACUCAUACGCAUGUUAUACAAACUCUAGUGCGGAUGAUUUGUUAGCUUUAAUUCAAAGUGAAAUUAAGCGAGUAAGUGGAUUAUUACAUAAGAGUGUUUCUGACAAGAAACAUAAUAUCGAGACUAUUUUGAACAAGUUUAUUGAAUCCAUAAUUUGCGAGUCUCACAAGGCAAUUAAUUUCCAAUUAGAUGCCUUUGGGAAAGAAUCUGUGGAUAAAUUAUUGUCUAAUCCUCCAUUGCAAAAAUUAUUAUCGUUACAAUUGGUUCUAGGUGAAUUACAAAACCACGAUCAUAUUAUCAGCGAUAUUGCAUGGAUUGUCCUAAACUUAAGAAGCACAAGUUUUGGGAUAAUGUUUCUGUUGUCAAGUAUUUAUAGGCAGAUCUCAAAAAAGAAACCAAUUGAUGAUAGCUUACAGGAUUCAAUAGCUAGAGGUGAAUGUAUUAUGUCUUUAAUUGGAAAUGUUAAGUGGUUGAUAGAUUUAAUGGUAUAUUUCAAUCAAGAACUAUUGCAAUUAAGUUACAGUAAGGAUGACCCAUCGCAAAGCAAACUUACUAUGUCCAACUCUACAGUUCUUCCGGUUCUUAUAAGUAAAGUACCACGGUUGUUUUUGAUUUAUGCUUUAUCGUCUAUUGGAAAAACUCACGAGAUUUUAAAAAAAUUAAAUGAAGAUUUAUCCGAAUCUAAUAAAGUAUUUACUCCUAUGAAAGAGGCAUUGAAUAGGUAUUUCACAAUAUGCAACCAAUCUCCAUUAAAUUUAGGACUAUUUGAGAAUUUUUUAAGAGAAUGUGAUGCAUUCAUUAUAAAAGAAAUAGGUCAAAAAGUAGAAGGUAAAGACAAAGGCUACGGUUUGAAGAUAGAACAAAAGCUAGUGUGUCAGGGUGAAAUAACAGAAGAGAUACUUCCGAUUGCAAAGGCUUUGAUUCAGAGACAUUCAGCAUAUGUUAAUAGAGAUAUGAAAGUAUCUGAGCUUUACUUUUAUGAUGUUGAUUGGAUUGAUAUUGGUAUAUAUAAGUUGAAUUCAAAUUACCCCGAAGCAAAAUUCCCAUCUGAUCAAUAUCCGGUAAUCCAUAAAUAUCCAAACACAUUGAAACAAGUAGUACCAAGGUUAAGAUUUUCUGAUAAGGAAUGCAUUGAUGCGUUGAGAAAAAUAGUUAUUUCUGUUGAUUUCGAUGAAGGUUCAAAGACUACAAACCUAUCAAAACUUCGUAAAUGUACAAGAUGUAGAUCGUUUUCAUUGGUGAACGAUCCAUUGGUGUUUGAUUCUCCGGGGAAUAUUGGUUUAUGGACUAUGGUAUUUCAAAGAACAUGUAUAUGCGGUAAUGCUUGGGUCAAUUGUGGUAAAUGA